AUGGAACCAGGGCAUGAAAUUCAGCAGGCAAUAGAGACGCGGCGAAUUAAUACUCAACAAGAAGAGGAGCCCCAAGCACGAAACAUUCAGCAAGCAGUCGAUCAUCUUAUUGCGGACGAAGCGGAACGAACGAUCCGAGAUUCUGGACAAGACCUUAUGUCAGAGAAUAAAGAUCCAGCAGGGAAGCAUUAUCCGUUCCGCAUCCUGCAGGCAAAUAAAUACGUCGAGCGUGUGGUCCUCGAAUGGUUCAAGGUCAGUGGCUUGGCCUUUGUCCUCGCCAGAUUGCUUACAGACUACAGAAUCCUGCAAAUAUCGAGAGAGUAG